GCGGCUGAAGGGCGUCUUUCUGCGGGGAAAUCAAUUUCGCAUCGGUUUAAGUACUGUAUUAGGUUACGCUUGAGGCCUCUUUCGAUCGCCUAGAAUAACAUCAACGCCGAUUUCACAGAGCUAUUGCGACACCUAGAGAAGUAGUAUCUAAGCUGUUUGCACCGUUUACAACGCUUAUUACCAAUUCGACUCUAAAUACUGAGCUCUCAAAGGCCAAAGUGUAAAGAGUUAUCUAUAUCCACAAGAUUCCAAUCAACUCAGAUUUUGUCCCCUUUAUUAUCAGGCAACAUGUUUUCAGCUAUUCCUUUUGCAAAGUCAUUAUUUGAGACUUUGUCUCAAGCUCUCACAGGAAGAGAUGAGGUGUUAGAGGUUUUGGGUGCAUUUGACCUGUCCAAUGAAUCACUACAGGAAAUCAUGAGUCUUCUUAUUGGUGACUUUCAAAAAGGGCUCUCUGCUGAUGAAAGUGAGCGAGCAGAAAGCCCAAUUAAAAUGCUUCCUACAUAUGUAAGGGCCAUUCCGGAUGGCUCCGAAGAAGGAGACUUUCUAGCCUUGGAUCUAGGUGGAACAAACUUCAGAGUUCUUAAGAUUUCACUUGAAGAUGGCAAAGUUAACAUGGAAAGUGAAAUAUAUCCUUUGGCCCAAAAUCUGAUGACCAGUGAUGCAAAUACUCUGUUUGACUACAUCGCUGGCUGUAUAUUACUCUUUGUGAAGAAAAACAAAAUAAGUGAAAAGUCGCUGCCAUUGGGGUUCACAUUUUCAUUUCCUGUAAAGCAGUUAUCACUGACAUCUGGCCUGUUGAUAAGAUGGACAAAGGGUUUCAGUGUUGACGGAGUGGAGAAUGAAGAUGUUGUCAAAUUGCUGCAUGAAGCACUUAUAAGGAAUGGAGUGAGUGCUAGUGUGGAUGUUGUGGCCCUCGUCAAUGACACUACAGGUACAAUGAUGUCCUGUGCAUUUGAGAAUCCAUCAGUCAGUGCUGGGUUAAUCUUGGGCACUGGAACCAAUGCUUGCUACAUGGAGAACCUUGAUAAUGUUCCUAAGUGGGACGGAGAUAGAGAUGAACCACGACAAGUGAUUAUUAACACAGAAUGGGGUGCAUUUGGUGAUAACGGAAGCUGGAAUCACCUCCGAACAAAGUAUGAUGAACAGGUUGACAAGGAUUCCCUGAAUCCUGGAAUGCAAUUAUUUGAGAAGAUGAUUUCUGGAAUGUAUCUGGGUGAACUUUGCCGAAUUGUUUGCAUGGACUUGGCUGACAAGAAACUGCUGUUCAAAGGACAAGCCAGUGACAAAUUCAAGACCAAAAACAGCUUCCUUACCAAGUUUGUGUCUGAUGUUGAAAGUCAUCAAAGGCACAAGAUAGAUGAGGUUCUGAAAGAAUUGGGAGUGGAGAAACAAACAUCAGAGUCAGAUAUUGAGGUUUUGCAGCGAGUUUGUGCUGCAGUCUCUAUAAGAGCUGCGAGACUGGCUGCAGCAGGGAUUGCUUCAAUCGCCAAGAAAACAGGAAACUACACGACUACAAUUGCUGUUGAUGGAAGCCUCUUUAAAAAACACCCACAAUUCAAACGUUACAUGCAAGAGACUCUGUCUGAAAUUUUGCCACAAAGCAACAUCACCUUGAUGCUAUCUGAAGAUGGUUCAGGCAAAGGAGCAGCUCUCAUAGCUGCAGUUGCAUCAAAAUCAAAAAAACACCAUAUUCAUGCGUUUUUAAAGUUAUCAAAUUUAAAGAGUCUCGCAGAAUCUGUGAAAGUUGAGAACAUGUUUGCAGCCACAUCUUUCGCACAAUUAGUCUGUGAAUCUCUGACGAGGGCUUUCACGAAAAGAGACGAGGUAUCAGAUGUUUUAGGGGCGUUUGACUUGUCGAGGGAAGCCGUCCUGGAAAUCACCAAUAGAUUAUGGAAAGACUUUGAUAGAGGCCUCUCUGCAGAUGAAAACGAACGAGCGAACAGCCCGGUCAAAAUGCUUCCAACUUAUGUGAGGAAGAUACCUGAUGGUUCAGAAUCUGGCAACUUCCUUGCAGUGGAUCUUGGUGGAACAAAGUUCAGGGUGCUAUCAAUCUCCAUACAAAAUGGCGAAAUUAAAGACAAAAUUGAAUUCCCGCCUCUUGACCAGACAAUAAAAACUAGUGAUGCUGAAACGUUUUUCAAUUACAUCGCUCACCAUAUUUCUCUCUUUGUCAAGAAACAUGAGCUAAAUGAUCAAUUGCUGCCACUUGGGUUUACAUUUUCUUUUCCAGUGAAGCAAUCAUCACUCUCGUCAGGGUUUUUGAUUCGAUGGACAAAGGGAUUUACUGCUUCUGGGGUAGUAAAUGAAGAUGUUGUCAAACUACUUCAGGAGGCACUUGGAAGAAAGGGGAUUGGUUCUAAUGUGGAAGUGUUAGCCAUUGUCAAUGACACCACAGGUACAAUGAUGUCCUGUGCAUUUAAAAAUCCAUCAGUCAGCGCUGGGUUAAUCUUAGGAACUGGAACCAAUGCUUGCUACAUGGAGCACCUUGAUAAUGUCCCUAAAUGGGAUGGAGAUAGAGAUGAACCACGACAGGUGAUUAUUAACACAGAAUGGGGUGCAUUUGGUGAUAAUGGAAGCUUGAAUCAUGUUCGGACAAAGUAUGAUGAACAGGUCGACAAGAAUUCCCUGAAUCCUGGAAUGCAAUUAUUUGAGAAGAUGAUUUCUGGAAUGUACCUUGGUGAACUUGUCCGCAUUGUUUGCAUGGACUUGGUUGACAAAAAACUGCUGUUCAAGGGACAAGUCAGUGAAAAAUUCAGGACUAAAGACAGCUUCCCUGCUGAGUUUGUGUCUUGGGUUGAAAGUGGAGAAAAGCACCAGAUAGAUGAGGUUCUAAGAGAUAUGAAAAUGGACAAUGAACAAGCAACAGGAUCUGAUAUUGAGAUUUUGCAGCGAGUAUGUGCUGCAGUUUCCAUAAGAGCUGCCAGACUGGCUGCAGCAGGAGUUGCUACAAUUGUCAAGAAAACAGGGAAGUACACAACUACAAUUGCCGUCGAUGGAAGCCUCUUCAAAAAUCACCCACAAUUCAAACGCUAUAUGCAAGAGACUCUCAGAGAAAUUUUACCCCAAGCUAACAUAACCCUGAUGUUAUCUAAGGAUGGUUCAGGCAGAGGAGCUGCCCUCAUCGCAGCAGUUGCUCAAAGAAUGUAUAGCACUUGAGCUCAUGGCAAUAUUUUUCAGAAAAUUUUUUUAAUUGUAUUAUUGAAGAUUGAAAAGAA